CAUCUUCUUCGUCGGUCCUCCCCAAAUUCUCCCCCAGAAGAAGAGCUUAGAAACUCGACAGAGAGCUCCUCCAUCAACGCAACCAGUCUGGCAUUGAGGGGAAAUGAACCAAGAUGGAAAUCAAGAGAACAAGUUCAUCAAUCUCUUAGAAUGGAAACAUCUAUUGAGGAGGUUACUUAUUCUGCAUUAGUGAACAAAAUAUGCAGAAAAGCGAAGGUUGAUGAAACUACCACUGAGCUCAAACUUAGUUAUGUUCCAGAACUAGUUGAUCCUAAAAGGCCAAUAUAUAUAUCUGAUGAUGAUGAUGUUAUGUGUUAUUUGAAAAUGAAUGAAGAUCAAUUCCAAGUUUUGCAUGUGGAAGUCAUAAACGAGGGAAAUCAGGGACAAGAGCAACCGUGUGGUAGAGAAGAUCGAGGGAGUGUAGGUUGUGCAAGUAAUGAGAAGCUGAUUUCAAGUAGUAGAGAGACAGAUGAGAACAUGACUCUUGAUGAAAGGGAGUCAUCUCAACGUGAUGAGGUGGUGGAAAAUAGGCAAGCGAGAGAUGACAAUAUUAUUCUUUAUGAAGAAAGAUCCGAAGAACGAGCAGUGGUAGAUAACAGUGAUGUGUGUGAAGGUGCUGAAGCUACACCUGUUGUAAAGCGUGAAUGGGAAGAUGGUAUGAAUGUGACCAUACGUCAAGAAUUUGAAAACAAGCAAGCAGUUAAAGAUUUAGUUGACAAAACUGCACAUAAGAACUGUUUUGAGUUUAUUAUAGUGAAGUCGGAUACCAUGUUGUUUGUGGUUAAAUGUUCAGAAGUAGAUAAGGGUUGCAAGUGGUCUUUACGAGCUGCGAAGGAUGGGAACUCAGACAGUUUCUCGGUCAGAACAUACAACAAGAUUCAUACGUGCUUACGGUCAGAAACAAGUACAAUGAGAAACAAAAGGAGAGGCACACAACAUAUAGUUGCAUCUGUUUUACGUGAGGAUUUUCCAUGUUUGAUAGACACUCCAACUCCCAAAAAUCUCAUUCCUUUGGUCCAGCUAAAAGCCGGUGUAAAAGUGUCAUACUCCACGGCAAAUAGAGGGAAAAAGCUAGCUGCUUAUGAUCUACGUGGUACUCCAGAUGACAGUUAUAAGAUGGUGUAUUCUUAUAUGCACAUGUUGGAGAAGAUGAAUCAAGGAGCUUCGAUCUCCUCUAACCGAGUAAGGGUUCCUGGAAUUCCGAAAAAGUGUCAUUGUGAGUCCCCAAUUGUUCAAAAAAUUUCUAGAUCAGUACCAAAUCCGUAUCGUCGCUAUUACAGGUGUGCGUAUGCGGCACAAAUGAAGCUUGAGAAUGAUAACCAUGUUUCAAGUGGGUGGAUGAAGCAUUGGUGGAUGAGAUAGAACAAUUGGAUUUUCAAGUAGAUGUUCUUGAAGAAGAAGUUAGACUGAUGAAGAUGGAGAAGAUACAAGAUAUGAAGGAACUUAAUAAAAAGAUGAUAAUUGUUUUCUGUAGUUGUGUUCUUGUAGUAUGUCUAGUAAAAUGGUACAACUAAG